CCUGGGCCUUCACUCACCAUGGCAGCACCUGUCGAGAUCCUUCUGCCCAAUGGGUUGAGAUACAACCAGCCCACUGGUCUCUUUAUUGACAAUCAAUAUAUCCCGGGAUCGGGGGAUGAUUUCACGGUUCUCAAUCCUUCACUCGAUGAGCCCAUCAUUACUCUCCAGGGCGCUUCCGAGCAAGAUGUCAACACUGCCGUGAAAGCAGCCCGAAAAGCUUUCGAGGGAACCUGGUCGGAAUUUCCGGCUCUCGAGCGUGGAAACCUGCUUCUUAAACUUUCCGAACUUAUUCACCGAGAUCGGAAGCUCCUCGCAAGCAUUGACGCUCUGGAUAAUGGCAAGCCGUACUCUGUCGCCCUGGAUGUUGACAUUAAUGCGUCAUGCAACGUGUUUAAAUACUACGCUGGUGCGGCUGACAAGAUCUGUGGACAAACCAUCGAAACCACUCCGGCCAAACUGGCCUAUGUUGUACAGGAACCCAUGGGAGUAUGCAUAUCGACAUCGAGGAUUUACGUCCAGGAGAGCGUUUACGAAAGCUUCCUGGAGAAGUUUGUCGCGGUUACCAAGGACCACCAUCGCAUCGGUGAUCCCUUCCACGAGAACACCUGGCAAGGCCCUCAGAUUUCCAAGGCACAGUAUGAUAGAAUUCUAUGGUACAUUGAUCAGGGAAAACAGGAAGGAGCCAGAUUGCUGCAUGGUGGCGUCAAGCACGGGGAAACGGGAUAUUUCAUUGAGCCCACCAUAUUCGCAGACACCACGGAAGAUAUGAAAAUCGUCAGAGAAGAGAUAUUUGGCCCCGUCGCCGUUAUCUCAAAGUUCAGCACAGUCGAGGAGGUCAUGGCCAAGGCAAACGAUAGUUGCUAUGGUCUUGCUGCCGCUAUUUUCACGGAGAACAUAGGAAAGGCGCACAGGGUUGCUCGGAAACUCCAAUCAGGUAUGGUAUUCAUCAAUUCCUCCAGUGAUUCACAUUUCGGUAUUCCAUUCGGGGGUUACAAAUCAUCGGGCAUAGGUAGAGAAUUGGGGCAGUAUGCCCUCCAAGCGUACACUCAGUCUAAGGCUGUCCAUGUCAAUCUUGGCCAAAAGCUGUAG